GCUGCCGCCGAUAUUGGUUUCGGUAGUAGAUUGAUGAUACUCUUGACGUGAAGGUGUUGUUUGCUGAGCCACUGCUUGCUGAAACUGUGCUCUGUAUUUGAUGCAUGGUGUUAAUUUUUGUUUUUGAUUGAGUUUGAGUGAUUGCAAUGAUGUACAUUUGUGGUGGCUAUGAUGAAACAAAGGCCGGACUUACGGCUGCCGCCUGAUAUUGGUUGGUAGUAGAUUGAUGAGACUCUUGACGUAAAGGUAAUUGCAAUUAUUCAAAUGUAUGACUUUUGUUGUGGCGAUGAUAAACGAAAGCCAGAGGUACAACAUCGUAGAUUGGUACAAAGAUUGGUAUUACUUCGUGAGGAUAAUUGAUGAGACUUAUCAUGAUAUUGGGUUACCCGUUCAUAUAUUCUUUGAAACUAUGGAUAGAAGUCCUCGUGUUUUGUCUCCUGGAGACAUAAUUCAAUUUCAAAGUGUUACGGUGAAAGUUUUUGGAGAUGAAAUGUCUGCAGUUUAUAACAAGCAGUACUCUAGCUUUUCCCUGUAUGACGGAAGAGAUGGUAGUGUUCCUUAUCAGACUUCUCAAAGAUUCCGCGAAAGGGACCUAGACAAGAGAUUUGUCACAGACUUGAGAAGAUGGUUUCGGGAUUUCCCUAUUGAUGAAGGCCCAAGUAAUUUCUCUUUCGCGAGACAAUUGACAGAGGGAGAGCAUUUUAAUUUGUUUUGUAAAGUACUUUAUGUCUAUGAAGGAGCUGGAAGUCAGUGGACAGCCUUUGUUUGGGAUGGAAGUGAUGCUCCUCCAGCCAUAAUUCACAAAAAGCUCUCAGAGGAGAUGCACCAGCCAUUAGCUCUACAUUUGGAAUCUUUUUCCUUAGCAAGAGAUAUUGUAUGUAGCUUUCCAACUUUAGGAACCGUGUUAAGGGUGAUAUCUCAAGAUAUUGAGCCAGACUUCCUUCCUUUGUUGAGAGCUGGCAACUGGGUAAAACUUACAAAUUUGAUGUGUGAAUUGCAUGAUGGACUAUGGCGUGUUGUGUUGACUCAGUACUCUAGGAUUCAUUAUGCAUCAAAUGGGGAUCAAUUCAAACCUCAGCCACAAAGGUUAUAUGAUGAGCGGUUGUUACGAAAUCCUAGAAAUUUGAGACGAAUGCCACAAUGGAGCUUACCUUGGCCUUCUCGAAUUACAGAGGUUGAUAUUGAUGAUGAUUGUGAAUUUCGUACCUUAAUGGAUGUUGUCACGAGUACGGAGGUGAUGGUUGGUUAUAAGUGCGUUGUUCGUGUUGUAUCGGUUUUGCCAUGCCGGGCAAUGGACUAUCACUACCCUAAUGGGGUCCUUAGAAUUAGACUAACGUUAGAAGACCCAACUACCAGAAUUCAUGCCUUUUUGUAUGCCGAAGAUGGGUUGAAGUUUUUCAAUGGACCUUCAUCUGAUGAGGUAUUGAGUACAAAGCGAAAUGCACUGGUAGGAGCUUCUGCAAAUAUUGAUGGAGAGGAAGAAGAGGAUACUCCUCGAAACCCACCUUGGGUGCAGGUUUGUUUAAGGGCGCAAUAUCAAAUUGAAGGUGACUUAGAGAGUAGGGAGUACAUAGUAUUUGGCACGAAGCUUAGAGAUUAGAGUACAUGCUUAUAUGAUUAACCUAUUUUGGAAGAGAGAAUAUUUGUAAUACAACUCUUGUAACUGGUUUUAUAUCUAAUAUGUAUAUAUUCCAGAAAGACCUAUCUUAAUUGUCAUUGCCUA